UAUUAUAAAAUAUGUAUGUAGGCCUAUUUCUUAAUUAAAUGUCGCCGGCGGCCGGCACAUUUAUAGCGCGUUUAACAAACAUGCUUGAUUUAUUUCGCGGUAUGUUACGCCAAAUGAAUUUUACAUUAUAAACAUACAAACAGACGUAUGGUCGCAAAUUAAUGGAAAAUAAUAUUGCGCUAAGUUAUUACGGUCUUUUUAAAAAGAAUUGGAGCUCUUAAAAUAUACACGGCAUACGGAAAUAUAGAUACUUGUUUAACCGGCGUUUUUAUACUGUCAACAUUAAUUUUUAUUUCCUAUUAAAGAUGUAACUGCCACUUAAACCGUGUUUUACCGUACUUGUUGUUAAUUGCUUAAUUCUCUCAAGUCAGACUUAUUUUAUGGACUACAUUUGAAAGAAAUUAGCUUUAAAAGCAGUGUUUAAUUUAGUAUUCUAUCAAUAUUUGGACAGUGUUUUAAUUUUACACCAUGGAGUGGACAUCUAUUGCGAUAGGUAGUGCUGCUGUUGUUGCUACAGUUAUAUACGUGAUGAAGAACAGACGGACGGACAUUAAAAGAGAAUGCGGAAAAGAUUACCCGAAAGAUACUGUCAUUCUGCACCAGUUUCCACGCGGACCUUAUGCUCCCAGCAUGUCAGGGUUCUGUAUCAAACUUGAAACUUUUCUUAGAAUGGCCAACAUACCAUAUCAGAAUGUCCAUGCCUAUAAAACUGGCCCGAAAGGGAAGUCUCCGUGGAUAGAGUAUAAUGGUGAUGUCAUGGCAGAUUCCCAGCUAAUAAUGUCUUUUCUCAGUGACAAAUUAGAAAUCGACCUCGACAAGACGUUGUCCAAAGAACAAAGAGCAACGGCAAGAGCUUUUCAGAAAAUGGUGGACGAAUAUACGUACUGGUCAGUUUUACUGGAGAGAUGGGUAUAUCACAGAGGGGAGUCAUGUAAAACAAUUACAAAGCUGCCGUCACUAGUGGUGUGGGAGAUUGGUAGAAGGACAAAGAAUAUGGCAUAUGCGCACGGCAUUGGUAGACAUACGCAACAGGAAGUGGAUCUCAAUUUAGAGGCGGAUUUAACUGCUCUUUCCGACUUUUUAGGAGAUAAGAAGUUUAUGUUUGGAGAUGAGCCUACGGAAGUAGAUUGUGCAAUAUUUGGACAAGUUUCACAAGUUAAAUACCACGUGCCGGACGCUGUGAAAGCGAAACAAUUCUUAAAAGAUUGUGUACCAAAUUUAGACGCUUAUUGUGAGAGAAUGAAAGAGAGGUUCUGGCCAGACUGGGACGAGUGCGUCACAAACGGAUUUACUAAAGAAGCAACUAAGUGAGGCAGUCCAGAACGGAGACUUAACGUCUGCUUGAUAGGAUAUAGGUUCGGGGUCACGUGUUCGAGUAACUGGCCCAGCAACAAUUAUUUUGUGUAUUUUUUUACGAAGAAUACGAUUAGUCAAUUGCCUUUGUUCAUAUUGUUCAUAGUUAUUCGAUCUACGAGACAGAUGACUUCUAAUUUGCUAAGUUUAUUCUUACUAUUUAUGCAAUGUGAUUAAACAUGCUAUGCUUUUAACCAACCAUUUGUGUUUGGACAUACAUUUGUAUGUGAGUUUGUGUUAUUAAACAGUGUGCUUAUACCAGUUGAAGAUACAAA